ACUUGGUACACCCGGAAGUGACGUGUUACCGUUCCAAGGAAACAGCUUCUAAUGGCUUGAUUUCUCUGGCUGCAAUGUAGCGAUAUGGGAAUGGAGGUUCCAUGUACCAACUGGUGAAAUGAUUUGACCCUUUUAGGAUGGGAAUGUUUUGGAGGUUACAAUGCACUUAAUGUCAGAGAUUGUACGAUAGUCACUUUAUUUAAAUAUAUUUUAAGUCCUUUAUUCUCAAAAGUCCUUUUUGGAACGAAAAGUUCUGCCUCAAAAACUGUUUUGCUUGGUAACCCCUAGAUUAGACAAACUGAAUCCCUAAUAAUUCACAGCCCAGUUUUUACUACGAGUCCCAGCAGUUUGCUGACACACAUAGAGACAGCCUUAGCAGUCAGUGUAUAUUCCCUGGGUUGACCUGCCCCGCCUGAUAGUCUACUGCACAAAUCACCCUCCACUGCGACUAACAAAUGGAAUUCUUGUUACUUUCCACGGGUGGAUUCCUGACAGUUCCAUUUGUUCUGCGCAGAAUGUCGGGGAUUGAAUCUGUUUGUUGCAGGUGAAUAGAGCCCGUGCACAAUCCUGUUGGCAGUAGGAGUGAUCAAUUUAUUGCAGGGAGGAAUACACUGACUGGGGUCACCAUGAAGGCUCGCUGGAGGAAUUCCUUGGGAGCUCUGCUGGGGGUGUUCGCACUUGGGGUGGCAGUGUUAGUGGCGUUGCUGCUAAUCAGGACGUACACCCUGGCAGAAAUCAAGAGAGUCCGGCUUGGAAAAGGGGCCCCGGCUGCUGAGCUGAGCCAGGGGGAAAGAGAACAGCUCAUAGAGGCACUGAAAGGUGCAAUUCGCAUCCCCACUGUAUCGUUCUCAGAAACAGAACAAAACACCACAGCCUUGGCAGAGUUUGGACAAUAUAUUCGCAAAGUCUUCCCUCUUGUCUUCUCUUCCAGUUUAAUCCAACAUGAAGUUGUGGGUGGUUACAGUCACCUUUUUAGUGUUCGAGGCUCAGACAGCAAUUUACAGCCAUACAUGCUUCUCGCUCACUUUGAUGUGGUUCCAGCAACCCCCGAAGGCUGGGAGGUGCCACCAUUCUCUGGUGAGGAGCUUAAUGGAUACAUCUAUGGAAGAGGAACUAUUGAUGAUAAAAACUGUGUGAUUGGGAUUCUACAGGCUCUUGAAUUUCUCCUGAAGAGGGGCUACAAACCACGUCGCUCCUUCUACAUUGGAUUUGGACAUGAUGAAGAGAUUUCAGGCAAUUACGGAGCCAUGAAGAUUGUGGAGACAUUACAAUCCCAAGGAAUAAAGUUGUUAUUUCUAUUGGAUGAAGGUUUGGCUGUUCUAGAUGGUGUAAUCCAAGGCACAAGAAGACCCAUUGCUCUGAUUGGUACCACAGAGAAAGGUCAUAUUACCUUGAAUUUGUCAGUGGAAAAACCUCCUGGUCAUUCUUCAAUGCCACCUCGUGAAACCAGCAUUGGGAUCCUUUCUGCAGCUGUGUCCAGACUGGAGAAGAAUCCAAUGCCGAACCUGUUUGGCGAGGGUCCUGAAAGAUCUACGUUUGAAGAUCUAGCAGGGGAGUUUGUUUUCCCCCUCAACAUCGUGAUGGCAAAUCUGUGGCUUUUCUCACCCAUCGUUAGCAGAAUUCUGGAACAAACUCCGUCUAGUAAUGCCCUUGUUCGAACAACUACGGCUCUCACUAUAUUCAAUGCAGGAAUUAAGUCAAAUGUGAUCCCACCAACUGCCAGAGCUACUGUCAACUUCCGGCUGCACCCUGCACAUACCGUGGAGGAGGUGUUGAACAUUGUAAGAAAUACCAUCAUGGAUGAGCAAGUGGUCCUUUCAGUUGUCAGCGCAUUUGAUCCACUUCCAGUUAGUCCCUAUGAUGUGGAAAACUUUGGGUUCCAAACACUGAAACACACCAUCUAUGAUGUGUUCUCAGGAGCACCAGUAGGUCCAGGUGUGUGUGUUGGGAAUACAGACAGCCGCCACUUUGUAAACCUCACUGACAGCAUCUACCGGUUCAGUCCCAUAGUCAUGAAACCAGAAGAUUUAAGCAGGUUUCAUGGUCUGAAUGAACGGAUAUCAAAAGAAGGGUUUGAAGCUGUUGUACAGUUUUAUUACCAGCUGAUUCAAAAUUCAGACUCUGAGAAAGUGCCCGGACCUCAUCAUAUACCAGAAGAAUUAUAGUCAGAAAUGGAGGGACUUGAAUAACGUUAUGGAAAUGUAGAUUUCCAAAUUGCCUUUACACUGUGCAGCAUUUUAUCUGUAUACUGACAGCAGUCAUAGUAGGUAAUUGUAUGCACUGACUGUAAUGUUGGUUGUUAAUACUGACCUGACCUGACCUGGUGCCUAAAUAAAUCAAUUUUCCCUGUUAGGUACGUGUAGUUGUAGUUACACUAUAUGGACAAAAGUAUUGGGACACCUGACCAUUACACCAAAAGGGACUUUUACAUAGAUAUUAAUAUGUUGUUGAUCCUUUUUUCAGCUAUAACAUCUUCUACUCAAAACGAAGGCUCAAACCUGACUGCUACAUAUAUACCCCCUAUAUAUAGCUCCACCUGGCAUUACAGUAACAAUAGAUGCUUGUUAGCCAGUAAAAGAGUCUGAAAGUACUCCAGUUAUUACUGCCCUUCCCAUCUCUACCUAUAUUCUACUUAACAGACUGUUUCAAAUCUACCAUAUAGAACUAAACUAUUAAAUAACUAUUUAUGUGACAUUGCCAGUUUGUUAGAUUUUUCUGGAUUUCUGAACUUGGCUUGUCUUGAUUACUCUUUGUUAGCUGCUUUACUGACUUAUUGGCUUGUUUUGCCGACUAUUCUGACUUCUGGAUUCCCCUGACUGUAACCUGUUCCUGUCUACAUUAAGCCCAGCCAUUAUAAAGUGACUACACCAAACAACUCAAAAUAAUACAUUUAAUGUACUUGUUAAAUGCUAUGCCAUCAUGGGGAUAAUUUUCUUUCUUAGGGUGUCAAGUUUUCUCAAAGGCGACAUAAGAGCAGAAAAUCACUUUGUUAAAUUUACUAAUUGACAAGGGCAUCUAAUAUAUUUGGCUCUGUGACUUACCAAAUUUUUUAUUUAAUUUUUUAAAACUGUUACGUGGUGGUGCUCCGAUAUGAUGUAUAAUAAUACCUACUGAGGCUUUAUUGAACUAACUAACUGAACCAACUAUAUUUGGAUUAUGACAUUUUUGUGAAAAUUUAGUUUGUGUGUGAAAAAGCACUAAUAAAAAUCUAACCACUAAAUGGGAUCUGUAUUUGUGAUAAAGUGGCUAGUCCAAACACCUCAAAAUAUGCCAUUUAGAAUACUCUGGGUUGCCUACUUUUGAAAAUGGUAUGCCAUAAUGGUUGAAAUGUUAUUACACAACUGCCAUACUCUCUCAAAGGUGGCAUAGGCCGAGAAAAUCACUUUGUCAAAUUUCUAGGUAUGAAGACUGAAAUGUGCAAACUCUUUAUUUGACCCUGUAACUUACCAAAAUCCCAUACAACCUGUACAUGAGGGGUACUGUUGUAAUUGUGCAACAUCGCUGAACACAAAUACUAGUGUUUUAGAGCAGUAAAAUGUAUGCCGAUGAUAUCAUCAGAGAAAGUGCAGUUUUUGUGUGUAAAAUGCAAAAAAACCAAAUAUGAACACUAACUUUGGCCAAGAUUUGUGACUAAGUGGCUGCUGAAAAAUAAAAAUU